UGAUAACUUGAUAAUGUUUUGAUUGAGAGCGUACCUAGCUGCCAGUGCUUACGUUCUGCACUUUGCGUGUGAACUGUCUGCCAUGUUAGGUAUGGCUUUUUAUGAUUUCUACGAGUCGCAGGGCCCGUUUUCUUGUAAUGUUUUUAUGGGAGGGCAAUGUACCUGAAGAUGCACGUUGUAAAAGUGCGUUAGGCAUCCCUUGGCGAAUGACGCUGAUCCGCAGCUGUUGUGGGCGGCCUCAUUGAUUGUCCCCGUUUAUGUUCCUCCGUAUACCCAGAAGUCAAUCUAGUGUGUUUUCGUCUUUCCAAUUAUUGCAUCAUGAGUGAGAGAAACCUGGAAGAAGAGCAGCCCGCAGCUCCAAAAUGCACGCCCAACUACGACACCAGUGAUCCACUCCAGCAAGAGGUCACGCGCAUACUCCGAGGUUUCAAAAAUGACAUUCUCGGCAUCACAUUCCUAGGCAACGAUGGCGUCUUGCGCUCUUUGACUGCAGAUCGAAAAGUGCUAUCUGCAGAAGGCCUUAGCCCUGAAUUCAUCGAAGCUUUUUUGGCUCGCUUCCCGGAAGAAUACAAGGCGAAGAUGACGGAUCCUGUGUUCGCAGAUGGCACCAAGACACCGAAGGAGAAGUGGUACGAGCCAGACCCAGGGAGCCUGCCGGAGCCGUUGUCGCAGGAGGAGAUCGAAAAGGUCAAAAACCAACCCGAAGAGCGGAAGAACAUACUGCGGAAACGGUUGCAAGAGGACAAGAAGUGAGUCGUGAUGGCAUGUUAUGAUACGGCUACUAAUAAUGCAAAGCCUCUUAGAUGUGACUGGGGUUCUUGCUUGAUUGUUCAA